UAAAGAUUACGAGAGAGGAAUUUAGAGAGAGAAACUCUCUCUGAAUUUAGAGAGAGAAACUUCUAAACAUCUCUCUGGCUCUCUGCAACUCAAUUCUUCACCUCUAUUUAUUCUCUCUAAAAUCCCCAUCUCUCUCUCUCUCUCUAGCUCAAAUGUUACAUUCUCUUUACAUUCAUGGAGUCCCUCUGCUGCACAUUUCCCAAACCAAACUGACACACCAAUCGUCUCUAGAAACCCCAAGGCCUUUCUCCUCUCUCUCCUCAACCCCUACUGUCUCUCCCUCUCCAACUUCUCGUUGCUUCUCCCUUACACUGAAAACCUAAUCUUUCUUUCUCUAGCCUUCUCUCUAUCUGAACCACCAAUCCCUGCAAAACCCACCUCCCUUCUCUCUCUUUUGAACCAGCUCCCAUGGCUACUUUCCCCCCAAAACCCCUCUUUCUCUCUCUACUCCACUUUCUCUCUCUAUUCCUCCAUUUCCACCCUUCCUCCUCUGCCUCCAAUUCCUCUCUCCUGAACUGCACAGACACCACACGUACCUGCAACUCCUUCCUCGCCUUUAGGCCCCCUCUCUCUCUAAUCCCAACUCAAACCCUAGCCCUAAUCGAAUCAAUGUUCGACGCGUUGCCAAAAGACAUCUCUGUGGACCAAGCCCCGACCUCUGAUAACCACCAACUCUUUUACAUAAAAAAGAACUGUUCUUGUGAUCCCCGUCGCCAUGAAUACUUGGCCAUGACCACUUUUACGGUGCCUAAAAAUGAAGGAACAGUCUAUGAACAAGUUUCAGAGGCAUAUGGUGGGCUUGCCGUGUUGGCAAAUAAUGGAAGGCCAGCACGAGAGGGGGCAGUGGUGGGUUUGAGAUUGGCGUGUGGGUGCUCAGGUGGUGUAUGGAAUUAUCUUCUAAGCUAUACUUUAAUGGAGGAUGACACAUUGGAGGGGUUAUCGAGCAGGUUUGGAGCUGGAAUGGGCGAUAUUGAGAUGGUGAAUGGGAUCGACGAUCCGAGUGUUUUGACGGUUGGGAGAGUUUACUACAUACCCAUGAAUUCAGUUCCUGGUGAACCAUAUUCCAUGCUUACAAAUGCAUCUCCUGCUCCUUCGCCAUCAGUUAUUACUUCUUCAGUGGUUUUCCAGCGUCGGUCUUCACAUUUUCCAUUGGGGUGGGCUUUGGCAAUCAUGGGGAUUGGGCUGAUUUUGGUCCUUGCGAUUAUUUUAAUCUGCAUCUCCUUCAAAUUGUUGACUUGCCACUCUGAAAUUCAGGCUGGGUCUGAAAAAGAAAUUGACAGUAAGGAUUCUCAUAAGCUUCCCAUUCUUCGGAGGACAAGUUUUUGUUAUCCUUCAGGGAGGUACCUUUGCUGCAGGACUGAGAAACUGGCUGCUGGUGCUGCAAGCCAUAGGCAGUUAAACAUACCUAAAGAUAUGAUGAAUGAUGUAUUUGACAUGGAAAAGCCUGUUGUAUUUACGUAUGAGGAAAUUCUUACUUCAACAGAAGGCUUUGCUGACUCAAAUCUGCUUGGUCACGGAACAUAUGGUUCUGUGUAUUAUGGUGUACUCCGGGAUCAGGAGGUUGCAAUAAAAAGGAUGACAGCUACAAAAACAAAAGAGUUUAUGGCAGAAAUGAAAGUUCUCUGCAAGGUUCACCAUUCAAAUUUGGUACUUCUUUGCACAUAUUCUCGGGAAAUUCCUAUACUUUUAAGACACUAUAUGCAGCUUGUUUUGGGUUCACAGCGCUAUUUCUUUUAUGUUCUAAUGGACAUUAUUUUAUCAGGUUAUGCAUCUCUUUCAUGGAUUGCUAGAGUGCAGAUUGCACUAGAUGCUGCAAGAGGGUUGGAAUACAUACACGAGCACACCAAAGCUCAUUAUGUUCACCGCGACAUUAAAACAAGCAACAUCUUGCUUGACAAUUCCUUUAGGGCUAAGAUAUCUGAUUUUGGACUGGCAAAACUAGUUGGAAGAACCAAUGAAGGGGAAGCUUCAGUUACGAGGAUUGUUGGCACAUUGGGCUAUUUAGCUCCGGAAUAUCUCAGUGAUGGCCAAGCUACCAGAAAAAGUGAUGUCUAUGCUUUUGGGGUUGUGCUUUUUGAGCUCAUAUCUGGAAGAGAUGCAAUAACAAGAACUGAGGGCACAGCUAGUGUUGCUGUUGAAAGGCGCUCGCUUGUAGCAGUUAUGCUUGGAGCUUUGAGGAACUCACCAAGUUCGAUGAGCAUGGUGAGCUUGAAGGAUUGCAUUGACCCCAAUCUCAUGGAUUUAUAUCCCCACGACUGUGUAUAUAAGAUGGCCAUGUUGGCUAAGCAAUGCGUGGAUGAGGAUCCGAUCUUGCGUCCCGACAUGAAGCAAGUUGUUAUUUCUCUCUCUCAAAUCCUACUGUCUUCUGUUGAAUGGGAAGCAACUCUUGCUGGGAACAGUCAAGUCUUCAGUGGGCUUGUGCAAGGGAGAUGAUGAUCAAGUCUUUUAUAACUUUUCAGUAUGCGGUUUUGGUUCUCUCAAAAAUUUGAGGUUUUUCUUGUCACUAGCUUUAAUUUUUAGGUUCUCUCCCCACUUUUUGUAUAUUAAAUUUGAAGCAUUGGGGGAGCACUGGGGUUUUGUUUUUUGAGAUCUUCUGUAUUUUAUUAUUAUUUCGGAUUUUUGUGGUGUAUACUGCUUUUAUAUUGAGAGGUUUGUGUUGUAAUAUUGUAACACUAUGAAUAGAUUUUGCAGAAUAAAUAUGGAGGCUUUGUAUUA